UCGUCCAGAUACUGGAGAGAGAAAGCGAUAGCGCGUUGGCGCUAAAAUUGGAGAGAGAGAGAGUUUUACUCUUUUACUCAAUGAUGAAUAAAUUUACAGUUAAUCCACGGGUCACAUGCGUUCCGAACCGUAGAGCGCAAUCUGCACCACUAUACCGCAGGGGAGAGGAAACGCCCUUUGUAGAGUUGUUUGUCCGUUUAGGGCUGCUGUCCAAAACAUGGCAGCGAAUUCAAUGUAUGUAGGCCCGAAAUAUGGAUUGUUUGAUUUGACUAUUUUCCCUCUCCUGCGGCAGGUUGUCAACUGAAAGAGAAGUCGUACAACAGCUCCCAAUCUUGGAUCAGCCCUAUGAAGCCAUGUGUCACAUACAGCUGCCAGGAAGGUGUCAUUACUGAAGCGGAAAUGAGGUGUGUUAUUCACUGUAUGAACCCCAAGAUCCAUCCAAAGAAAUGCUGCCCAUCCUGUCCAGGUUGUAUUUUUGAGGGGCAUUUAUAUGAAGAGCAAGAGGAGUUUCACCCUGAAGGGAACCCAUGUAUAACAUGCAUAUGUGCUGGAGGUCAAAGCAUGUGUUAUAAAGUGGUGUGUCCUGUUCUGUCCUGCCCAUCUCACCUCAGUCACACAGUGUCUGGACAGUGCUGUCCUAGAUGUCAUGGUCAGAGAAAGGUGUUUGACCUGUCCCCUGGCAGCUGUCUGUUCCAUAGUGAGGUCUAUGAGAAUGGUACAUCCAUCAGCUAUGACAACUGUACAACUUGCAUGUGUGUGGAUUCUACAGUGGUAUGCAGGAAGAAGUGCUCACCACCCGGCAGCUGUCAUGGCCAUGCAUGCUGUGAAGAGUGUCAAACACAUCUGAAGAUAGAAGAUGUGAAGUAUUGUAGGGUGAAAAGCAAGAUCUAUAGGGAUGGUGACAGGUGGUCAUCCGUGAACUGUUCUCUGUGCACCUGUGUUCAGGGCAAUACUGAAUGUAAGCCCAAGAACUGUGUUCCCAUCACCAGCUGUCCCUCGAAUAAAAUUUUAAAUCGCACCAGCUGCUGUCCUGUUUGCACAGAUAAGCCAGGCGUUUGUACGGUAUUUGGAGACCCUCACUAUAACACUUUCGACGGCCGCACCUUUAACUUCCAGGGCACGUGUAAAUAUGUGCUUACUAAAGAUUGCUCCCCAGCAGCAAGCUUUACAGUGCUAGUGCGGAAUGAUGCACGUCACACACGCUCCUUCUCUUGGACCAAGUCAGUGGAGCUCCACACAUCUGGCCUUAGAAUUAGCCUCCACCAACACCUGACUGUCCGGCAAAAUGGCACACGCAUUUCUCUGCCCUUCCAUAACACUGGGGUGCAUGUUGAUCUGGAUGGAUAUCUGCUGAAACUCACCACCAUUGCAGGGUUGGAGAUCACAUGGGAUGGGGACAGCCUGGUAGAGGUGGUCGCAGCACCACAUCUCAAGGGGCGGCUCUGUGGGCUAUGUGGAAACUACAAUGGUCAAAGGAGAGAUGACACUCUAGGUGGAGAUGGCCAUUUGAAGUUUGAUGUGGAUGAAUUUGCAGAGUCAUGGCGAGUAGAGGACAAUGAGGUGUGUGAAACACCAAACCGCAGGACAACGUCCUUCCUGUGUCCUGGCACAAUAAAAGUGAAGCUUCGUGCAAACAGAGCAUGCCAGAAACUUAAGUCCUGGGAAUUUCAGAGAUGUCAUUCUGCUGUGGACUUCACAUCCUUUUACAGGUCAUGUGUAACAGACAUGUGUGAAUGUCCAGUGCAUAAGAAACUGCUACUGUGAGUCAUUUCAUAGCAUAUACUCGAGCAUGUGAAAGAGAGGGAAUACAC